CUUAGUGCUAGGGUGAUAGUGUACAGCUGUGAGAUCAACGACAAACACGCUAUUCCUGAGAAAGCUUCUCUUUUGGCCUCAGCCCUGGGCAGACCAAGUCUUCAUGCUGCUGUGGGUAUCACUGCUGAUCCUGGCUCCUGUCAGUGGACAGUUUGCAACUGAAGUAAAAUCUGUUAUUUCCCUCCAUCCUCCAUGGACCACUCUCUUCCAAGGAGAGACUGCAACACUGAUUUGCAAAGCACUUCAGUUCAAUGCAGCACAGAAAAUAAAAUGGUACCGUUGGUAUCUUCCUGGAGAAAUACAAACUGAGACAACACAAAACACCUAUGAGGUCCGUGAAUCUGGAGGAUACAAAUGCCAGGCCCAGGACUCACACUCAAGUGAUCGCGUGGACUUGAUCUUCUCUGCAGCCAAUCUGAUCCUGCAGGCUCCAUUUGAUGUGUUUGAAGAAGACUCCGUGGUUCUGAGAUGCCAAGCAAAGGCAAACAUAGUACUAACUAACAUGACAUUGUACAAGAAUGGGAAAAUCCUGGAAACCCUUAACAAAACUUCUGACUUCCAUAUUCAUCAAGCAAGUAUGAAGGACAAUGGUGAAUAUCACUGUAGUGGAGUUAAAGAUAAUCACUUGGUUUCUUCAAACAAAAUUAAAAUCAUAGUCCAAGAGCUGUUUCCAAGUCCCGUGCUGAGAGCCAGCUCCACCCAGCCCACUGAGAGGGACGCAGUGACCUUGACCUGUGAGACCCAGCUCUCUCAACAGAGGCCAGAAGGCCAGCUCCUGUUCCGCUUCGUCAAACAAUCAAACAACGUGGGGUCAGACUGGAAAAACUCCCCAGAAUUCCAGUUCUCUCCCAUACGGAAAGAAAACUCAGGGUCUUAUUGGUGUGAGGCACGGAGAGUGAAUUCCCGUGUCCAGAAACGGAGCCAGGAAUUACAGAUACAGGUACAAGAAAUUGUCCAAAUACACUACUACCCAGAGUUCGUGUUUGAAGGUCAGGAGCUGGUUCUCAUCUGCUCAGUAAAUGGAGCUACAAAGCCCAUCACAGUCUCCUGGUACAAAAAACAAGACAGACUGCAGAAGGAUAUAGAGCUUCAAACUUCCUCAAAAACAGAAUUCACGAUCCCUGUGGUGCAAAACAGCGAUGCUGGAGAGUAUUACUGUAUUGCCAGAAACAGUCGCUUUUCCAAACAGAGCAACUCAGUGAUCAUCAGUGUGAAAGUCCCUGUGUCUCAACCUGUCCUCACGCUUAGACCUCCUGGGACCUGGAAUCUUGUGACAGAUAAGAUGAGCCUUCAGUGUGAAGUUCAGAGAGGUUCUCUGCCCAUCUGGUACCAGUUUUUUCAUGAAGGUGUGUUGCUUGAGGAGAUAAAAUCCACUUCAGAGAGAAAAAUGUUCCAUAGAUUGUCUCCGACUGAAAAGCACUCUGGAAACUACUACUGCACAGCUAACAAUGGCCUUGGCCCUCAGUGGAGUAAGGUUAUGAUCCCUGUGUCUAAACCUGUCCUCACCUUCAGCUCUCCUGGGACCAGGACUUUGGGGGGAAUUAAGAUGAGCCUUCAGUGUGAAGUUCAGAGAGGUUCUCUGCCCAUCUGGUACCAGUUUUUUCGUGAAGGUGUUUUGCUCAAAAAGAGAGAAGCCAUUUCAUGGAGAACAGUGUCCUAUAGCUUCUCUGUGACUGGAGAGAAUUCUGGAAACUACUACUGCACAGCUGACAAUGGCUUUGGCCCUCAGAGGAGUGAGGCCAUGAGCCUCUCUGUCACUGUGCCCGUGUCUCAACCUGUCUUCAGCCUCAGCCCUCCUGGAACCCGGACUCUUGUGGGAAAUGAGGUGAGACUUCAGUGUGAAGUUCAGAGAGGGUCUUUGCCCAUCUGGUACCAGUUUUUUUUGGAAGAUGUGUUGCUCACAAGGACAGAAGCUACUUCAUGGAGAACAGUGUCCUAUAGCUUCUCUGUGACUGGAGAGAAUUCUGGAAACUACUACUGCACAGCUGACAAUGGCUUUGGCCCUCAGAGAAGUGAGAGCAUCAACCUCUCUGUCAUUGUGCCCGUGUCUCAACCUGUCUUCAGCCUCAGCCCUCGUGGAACCCAGACUCUUGUGGGAAAUGAGGUGAGACUUCAGUGUGAAGUUCAGAGAGGGUCUUUGCCCAUCUGGUACCAGUUUUUUUUGGAAGAUGUGUUGCUCACAAGGACAGAAGCUACUUCAUGGAGAACAGUGUCCUAUAGCUUCUCUGUGACUGGAGAGAAUUCUGGAAACUACUACUGCACAGCUGACAAUGGCUUUGGCCCUCAGAGAAGUGAGAGCAUCAACCUCUCUGUCAUUGUUCCAGUAUCUCGCCCUGUUCUCACGCUCAGGGCUCCCAGGGUCCAGGCUGUGGUGGGGGACGUGGUGGAGCUUCACUGUGAGGCCCAGAGAGGCUCUCCCCCGAUCCUGUACCAGUUUUAUCACGAGGAUGUCACCCUCGGGAGCAGCUCAAGUCCCUCUGGAGGGGGUGCUUCCUUCAACCUCAUUCUGAAGGCAGAGCAUUCUGGGAACUACUUCUGUGAGGCCAACAAUGGCCAGGGGGUCCAGCGCAGUCACAUGGUGCCACUCAGUGUCAGAGUUCCAGUGUCUCAUCCUGUCCUCACCCUCAGGACUCCCAGGGUCCAGGCUGUGGUGGGGGAUGUACUGGAAAUUCACUGUGAAUCCCAGAGAGGCUCUCCCCCCAUCCAGUACCAGUUUUAUCAUGAAGAUGUCGCCCUGGGGAAUAGCUCAAGCCUCUCUGGAGGAGGAACAUCCUUCCACCUCUCCCUGACCACAGAACAUUCUGGAAACUACUCCUGUGAAGCUGACAAUGGCUUGGGGGUCCAGCGUAGUGAGGCAGUGUCACUCAAUGUCAGAGUUCCAGUGUCUCGCCCUGUCCUCACCCUCAGGACCGUCAGGACCCAGGUUGUGGUGGGAGAUGUAUUAGAACUUCGCUGUGAGGCCCAGAGAGGCUCUCCCCCGAUCCUGUACUGGUUUUAUCACAAUAAUGUCACCCUGGAGACCAGCACGUCUCACUCUGGACAAGGAGUGUCCUUAAACCUGUUGCUGACUGCAGAUCAUUCUGGGACCUACUCCUGUAAGGCUGACAAUGGCCUGGGUCCCCAGCACAGUGAGGCAGUGACACUUUCUGUCAUGGGGCUGACAGGGAGCAAAAGCAGCCUUAUUGCCACCAGUGUCACCGGGGGGCUGCUCAGCAUGAUGGCCAUUGCUGCCGUGGCAGUGCUGUUCUACUGCUGGCUCCUGAGAAAAGCAGGAAGGAAGCCUACAUUUGAUUCCUCCAGGAAUCCUUCAGCCCCAGAUCCCCAAGAGUCCACCUACCACAAUGUACCAGGCUGGAUAGAACUGCAACCAGUAUACAGCAAUGUAAAUCCUAACAGAGGAGAAGUGGUGUACUCGGAAGUCUGGAGUGUGAAAAAGGAGAACAAAGUCACAGCGGCCUCUGAACCAGAGCUUUUCAAGAACACGGAUUCCUGUGUCAUCUACUCCCAGGUGAAGGGCGCUUCCACCGCAGCCUCUAAGCCCCAGUUCUUGGAUCCAUUCACUCCUCACAGAUGAGUCCACACAACUCCAGAUUGUGUGGGAAGAUUUAAGCCACCCCAGGCCACACCCAGCAGCCAGGGCCCCAAGUGCCCACACCUUCGUCUGAACAAAACACGGGGCCCCAAGGGACUCCUGUCUACUUCCAAAUUGACAGCCUUGCCACGCAUCCCAAGCAGCAUAUUGUUCCCAACCCAGGGCCCAUGAUGUUGCCUGGCUUCCUUAUUGUGCUUGAGCUUCACACAUAUCCCCACUACUCCUCCAUGAGGACGACACCUGAGCUCUGCCAUGAAUACAACCUGCCCUCAGUCAAUGCUUUUCUCAGUUGCCAUCAGUCUGGUAUGGCUAUGGUGGGCUCUGCCAAAUGGGAUAGCACACACCCAUGGAGAUGUGUACACUGGGUUUGUUAUAGACCUCUCCAUGGUGGGACUGCAUUCCAUACUCACCUGUCUGUCUGAAACUCUAAGCUCAGCAUCUGGCACCAGGAUAACUUCUCUCCUGCACAUGUAACAAUAUCUACCUGUCCAAGUAAGUGGAUUUCGCACACUAGGACCUCGAUCCUUCCCAUCCUGCCAGAAGGAACCCGGCACAGUCAUGGCCAGGAGGACCAGAGAUGCAGAUAGGAUACACAUUGAAAUAUAGGAAUGAAUGGAUAUUCAUAGAAAUAUUUGAAUGAAUGAAUGAACAAAUGAGGAAGAUAUUAUGGAUCAUUAUGAUGUAUUCUUACCCUCAAACUGGCAUCUGAUACAGUGUGCUUCCUAGGAAAUCCAAGAAAUAGGAAAUAAAUUCAGAGAAGGAGUUUGGGUGAGGAGAAAUCUGUUCAGAAAGCAAGAAGGCUUCUCAAACUUCAAAGUGCUUAUGGGUCACCUGGGGAUCGCAUAUUCACAGAUUCUUUUUUUUUUUUUUCACAGAUUCUUAUUCACAUUUACAGAUUCUUAUUCAUAUUCACAGAUUAUUAUUCAGUGGGCCUGGGUGGAGGCUAAGACCCUGUAUCUAUAACAAGCUCCCAUGUAAUGUUGAUGCUUACUGAUCCUACGAGUCUACUAAUCCCGGGAGCCUACCAAGUACCCAGACCCUGUAGGUUUUGGCAGAGGUUCAUGGAGAAGCAGUGAGGGCUCUGUCUGUCUAUUGCCCAACUCCAUGGGGGCCACUGAUACAGCUCACAUGAUUCCUGCACUGUUCUUCCACCAGAACACCAUCAGCUGUUAUUACUAAAAGAACUUCUCUUCUACACGCUGGGAUGCAUCAGUCACCCUGGGUCCAGGAAAAAGUAACUGUCACUAUCUUUGUUUCCUCACCUUGGGCCUCAUAUUUUUCCCAUAAAGGGAUUGAAUACACUGUGAAUAAAUACACCCCUUAGUUUUCUCCA